CCUCGCGUCGUCACUUUAUCACACAUCAUUCUCGAUACGAACAGCCCGUCAUUUACUCUUCUCAACCAUGUCUCGAGGUGGCGGUACUACCCUCUACGUUACGGGCUUCGGCCACGGCACCCGCGCCCGCGAUCUUGCCUACGAAUUCGAACGCUAUGGACGGCUUGUUCGCUGUGACAUUCCAGCUCCACGCUCAGCGUCCAGCAGACUGUUCGCUUUCGUCGAAUACGAGAGCCGUCGCGACGCUGAUGAUGCAUACCAUGAGAUGCACAACAAGCGAAUCGGACGUGAUGAUCUUCUGAAGAUCGAGUGGGCUCGUACGCCACCUUCCGCGUCUUGGCGAUUUGACUCCGGUCGCGAUGCUAAACCUGGUGAGCGUGGAGGCGAUCGUGGCAGCGACCGUGGUGGACGUCGUGAGCGCUCUCCCCGUCGUGGCCGUAGUAGAUCGCCCAUCCGGUCGCGUGACUACUCCCCUCGUAAGGAAGAACGACGUGAUCGCGAUUACGACCGCCGAGACAGAGACCGGUCGCGGACUCCAGAGGAUCGCGAUCGUGACCGUGAGAUGAAGGACCGCGAUCCAGAAGAGCGUGAGAACGGAGUCGAAGGAGAAGAACGCAAAGUCGAAUCCCCUCCUCCAGCCCACGAUGAUCUUGACACGGCUGAGUAGGAGGAUUGAAUAUCAGACUUACCACGAUGCUGCGGUGUCAAAACCAGAAAGGCAUUGUUACGAAAUGUUUCUGCACCGAAUCUAAACAACAUGGACGCGCGCGGUCUGACUAGGUUUUCAUCUCCUUGCUUUCUUUUCUGUUUCCGGUGGCAAGCUGCAAGCGCCAGAGACGUCUCUGGUUGUCGUGUACUACUUUGGGGUGUUUAGUCUCACAAAAUUGAUAUUACCAGCAGUUCGACUACGAGCGGCUCGAGGCGAACUAUCUACGGUAUCCUACGGCGAAAACGGUCGAUCGGUCUUUCAUGUAUACUACGAGCGAUAAUCGUCCUCCCUCGUCCGAACGAUCCCCGCCCUCUCUACGCGGUCUCAAAAUCGCAUUCUAAGAGCAAAUCUCUGUUUGACUACUAGGUUCCACAUGAUUUCUAACAACAGUGCAAAGAAAUUAGAUUAUAUGUUGACUGCUAUGAAAUAACACCAAUUACCUUUCUUCCCUUG